UUCUUGACAGAAAUUGAAACAUAAUUUUUUUCUACAUAAUAAAUAAAAACAGCCUGUAAUUAUUUAUACUGGAUACUUGACUGAAUAGCCUCCAGCAGCCUGUAUUAAAUAUUCCAUUUAGAUGUGUAUUGAGAUUGAAUUACAGCCAUUAAAACACAUCUAUAGAUCUUUAUUAUUCCCAAGAAGGACAAUUUAUUUAAGCAGCUUAAAGCAACUGUACCAAAAACAUAUCUACUUUAAGGUUUGCAAUCUAUUAAAUAAAUGAUGUAUAAUUUACCUUCUUUAAUAUGAAGAGAAUUUUCCAAUAUUGGAAUUUUCCAUUAAAAAUAUAUUGUAACUGUAAAUAAUGGUCUUAAGUACAUCUUUAUUGCAGCUUUUAAUCUUGCAUAUAAAUAUUUAUGGUGAAGGGGACAGUGUUUUUGUCUUAGAGCCCCUGGUAGCCCCUGGUAGCCCCUACACUAACCAGAUGCGCAGGUGAACAUGGGAGGUCUGUGUGCAGAACUUUCUGGUGAAAAAGAACCCUGACCGGUAUUUCAUGUCUCUACAGAUGGUCUCUACUUUGGAUAUCUGUGGGAAAUUUUUAGGCGGAGACAACACAAAAUAGAGGUUUUACACUCAUUCAAAGGCUUUACCCGAGAUUUUGGGAGGGAUUUUUAUGUUCGAGAGGUCAUUCGGUCUGUUGUGUGCUGAGUAGGUUUUAUAACCACAGAGUCGGUGACACUUAUUAAACUGUUGUAUAAUGUUGUAUAAUUUCUGUCAUUUUGUGAAAAUAAGGUUUUAGGACCAUUAAAGUCGGAUGAAUCCAGCCGCAAUGAAAGAUGGAGGUCCACACAGCUCAUAUAGUAUAAUAAUCUUUUUUAACAAAUUGUAUUGAUCGCUUCUUUUACCAGAUCACACUGCUGAUGGUCUGCUGAUCCCCUAAUCCAUUUUAGCGUUUGCAUUCCUGACAAGUUUUACGUCCAACUUCAAGCUCCGUGUGUGUGGUUGUAGCGUGUAAUCUGCGUGUUUGUAAGUUACUUGUAUUCCUCUGUGGUGUGAUCUCAGCCUCAUUUUACUUCUGUAAUCCUGCCAACCGCCCAUCUCGAUCUCCAUCCCCAUCCCUCCUUCUAUCACGCCAUCCAGGGGAUUUGACUGCCAUUAAGAGAUGGCUUUUUGCUGUGUUUGUGUGUCCCAUCCUAAACGCACACACGCGGUGGAGCAGUGAGGAUGAAGCGUAAAAACACAACCACAUACAUGUUGUGCUGGUGAACUGUGACAGGCUGAAGGGUCUGCUAAGCUUGCUUAGUUAUGCUGUGGAAGGUACGCUGUGUGGACUGAUAUGGGAUGGACAGGAUGGACACACGCAUUAAUAUUUGGGCAGUGAGUUUUAAGACACAUGGAUGCAACUGUCUGGAAAGAGCUACAGGUAUCUUGCACUAUUUCUCUAUUUGUUGCAUCUGCAACUUGUUUUCCCAUUAAAACUUGUUAACAUUGUCAUUGGUAUGUCUGUGUAACUAGAUUAAAUAAAAACUUCCAGUAAAUAAUUUUCUGAUGUAUUUACAUAACUCAUAAUACUUCAUCAUUAAGUGCUCUUUUUGUGCUGUUUCAGACCUGCGUUAAUCCUGGCAUGUCCCAGAUGAGAGACUACAGUAAUGACUGUCAUCACUUUCACUGUCUCUGUGCUGUGCCUGCUGCCUCAGGCGGUCUUGGCACGGUGGGCGUGUGUUCGGGCCUGUCCGGCGUCCUGCACCUGCACACAGGAGAGGAGCUGCAGCGUGCUCUGCGACCGCUCCGGCAUGGCUGAGCUGCCCAAAGAGUUUCCCUGCGAGGCCUCUGCCAUCAACCUGGAGAAGAACAGGCUGAAGUUCCUGUCGGAAAGGGCCUUCGGUACUCUGCCCUCCCUCAAGUCUCUCUCUCUGGACCACAACAACAUCUCAUUUAUCACCCCAGGAGCCUUCAAGGGCCUCGCUAACCUGGUGGAGCUGAAAAUGGCACACAACGAGUACAUCAGCUACCUUCACACACGGACGUUCACAGGGCUGAAGAAGUUGGUGCGACUGGACAUGUCCGACUGUAAUCUCUUCAGCAUUCCCGACCGCAUCUUCAUAGAGCAGACGGCACUUAAGGAGCUGCUGUGCUUCCAAAACAACUUCAGGAGGAUCCCAGGAGCCAUCAGAGGCAUGGAAAAUCUGACUCACAUUUACCUGGAGAGGAACAAGAUAGAGGCUGUGGCUUACAACUCCCUGCUGGGCCUGGGUAGCCUCAAGUACCUGAACCUCCAAGAGAACCGUAUCAUGACAAUCCAUGACAAUGCCUUCCAGGACCUGGUGCGACUGGAGAACUUCUACCUCAACGACAACGUGCUGUCUGAUCUGCCCAGGUUUGCCUUCAAAGGGCUCAGCCGCCUCAAGAUGCUCAACCUUGGGGGCAACCAGCUGAUCAACGUGUCCAAGACCUGGUUCAGUGACCUGGUUGAGUUGGAGGUUCUGUACCUAGACAGGAACCAGCUGCUAAACAUUGAGGAGGGCACUUUUGAGAACCUGACCAGCCUGAUCACGCUCCACCUAAACAGCAACAACCUGACCAGCCUCCCCUUCAGCGUUUUCCAGCCCGUCUACUUCCUGGGGCACCUGUACCUCUUCAAAAACCCCUGGGAGUGCGACUGCUCUCUGGAGUGGCUGAAGCAGUGGAUGGAAAGUUACAAGCUGGUGCGGGACAUCCCCUGCUCCUCGCCGUCCUCCGUAGCGGGGCUGGAUCUCAGUGAGGUCGUCUUCAGCAAUUUGAACGGUACAUGUGUGGACCCUUCGGAGCUCAACCUGACCACAGCCUCCUCGGAGAUCAUCCCCACCACAGAGAACCGCUUCAACAGCCUCAUUUCCAAGCUGCUGCAGCAGGAGCUCAGGGAGGAGAUGGGGAACGGGACAGAGAGCCUCCGCAACGGGACCCUGCUGGAGACGGAGGGGCAGCUCUCUGCAGGGGUCAGAGGGCAACAAGCCCCAGCGAGCCAAUUACUGCUCUGCUUUGCUGGAGUGUGGCUCAUGUUCGGUUUAUUUGACCAGUCAGAUACUCGUUUGCCUCUUUAUAUGACAUGAGAGCUGCACAAAGAAACAUGGAGUAGAUUUUUACAAGUUGCCCAUGAGAUAAAAGGUGUUUUCUAUUUAUCUAAUGAAGGAUGAAGGAGUGCUCUCCUUGCAUGUGUCACCGGUGUGAGUCUGUGCUGCCAAAUGUAGGAUUUUGGGAUUGAUUUCUUCUGAAAGAAUGGCAUUGUUAAGGGUUUAUUUAUUUAUUUUCAUCUGAGUUGUUUGAAUGCAAUCAUUUAUGCUAUUUAUAGAGCAAAUAUUUAUUACUAAUUGUACGUCUGAUACAUAUCUUUCCUCCAUGUUAAAAAAAACAUGCCAAAUCUGUAUGGCUGCAGGAUUCAUUUAUACAGGAUCAUUGGCAGGUACACGCGGGCAGCCAUUUUUUUUCUUUAGUUGCAUAAGGCUAAAUUAUAAUUAAUAUUAUGUCAUAUUUAUAGCAUAACAGUCUUUUACCAGUGCUUUUUUGUAUUUUCAUUCACAUCUGUGUGUAAAGUUGAAGGAGAUAAGAGCUCCUGUAGUCAUCUCCUAAGCAGAUGUCCUGUCUGUUCGUUUCUAUUCAUUCUGCUCUAAAUGUAGGCUCUGCAGCUUUUCCAUAAAUGCAUUAAUCUUCUUACUGCAUGCAGCUCAGUGUCGUUGCUGCUUGUGUAUGCUAUAACGUGAUGGAGGGACUUUCUCAUUGCUUUUGCCUCCUAUGGAUGGACUGUUUCGGAGCGUGUUGGAGUGAUUGCCAUAAGUCAGUUUGUGGAUUGAGGCUGUGUCAAAAUCUCUGGAAUAAGAAAAAUGUUUAGGUAAUUUAGAUAAAUAUGUAGAGAGAGAGAGCAUAUUCUGCAAUGUUUAUUUAUACACUUCGUGUAUAUUCAUACUGCUUUGCAGCAAACAAAGUGAAAGGAUAUCCCUGUUAAACAACUGCCACUGCUUCUUUUUACCCUGAUGAAUCCGUAGUUUGGUCAUUCAACCAGUUUU